CUCUGAUUCUCUUUGCAUCAGAUCUCAUUCCCCUUCAUCUUCUUCGCACUCUAGACCCUCUUCUUCAAAGUUCAAAUCCGAGAAAGAACCCCUGCAACUAGGUUCAAAAGUCGUUUGUUAAGUGACUCCUCUCAUUCUCGCUCCAGAUCUCAUUUCCCUUCAUCUCUUCACACUCCAAACCCUCUUCUUCAGCGUUCAAAUCUGACAAGGAACCCUUGCAACUAUAUUCGAAAGUCAUUUGUUGAGCGCCUCCUCUCCAAUACAAUUACUUUUCUUCUAAUCGAUCACUAAAAGGUUUCUUCUCUCCGGAACAUGCUUUUUCGACAUCAAAGAGUAGUAAGGGUGAACAGGCGACCUAUGGUGGGUUCAUACAGUGUCAUUUUACUCGAGGAGGAUAUUGUUGUGGCUUAGUUUGUUCUUCUUUGUUGCACAGCUUUUUCUCAAUAUUUGUUACUUGAAUUUAAUUUGAUUUCUUUGGUUUUUUUUUUUUUUUAAUCAUAUAUGGGUGUUUUGGUGUUAACUGCGUUGAAGGAGAAUUCAUACUAGCAAUAGAAAAGGGGAAGCUUUGAUGAUGAAGAAGAUGAAGGGGAAUGAGAUCUGGUGUGAAGAGAACAGGAGGAAUAAAAGGUUUUUUAGAUAAAAUGAGAAACGACGUCGUUUUGGAGCGAAUUUCGACUUCUCGAUGCAAGCCACGACAGAGCUACACACCGCCGUGCCAUUUACAAUCACGGAAAACGCUUCACAGUCCUAAUUCCUCUUCAAGUAAGCGUAUCUUCGAUAAUAUUUUAACCGAAGCCGACGUGACAAGAAGGUUGAAAACACCAGCAAGUUUCGUGUCAUCUCUCCCAGUAGGGUUUUCUAAUUCAACGGAUUUACGUAGGAAGCUAAUAAUUGGGGAUGUGAAUAGAAUAUUGGCAGUACCAAUACAAACUUUGGGCACCCGUCGGAGCCAUUUUGAGCCUCGUAGAGACACGGGUGAUUUGAAUAUUUUGGUGAAGGACUCAACUGACAGUGUGUGGAAAUUCCGUUGCUCAACACGGGUCAGCCGGGAACUUCGUAUUGUUGAAGAUUGUACAGCUUUCAUUCUGAACCAAAGUAUUCAAAGUAACAAUCAGGUUGUUUUAUGUGAAGUGGACCUUACUACCAGAGCUAAUUACAGAAGUGAAGCAACAAUCACCGGACUCAUUACCGUCAUCGGCUUUGACCUAGUUCUCAAUUGUCCUAGGGCUAGUUAUCAGGAUGGAAAUUAGCUGAAGAAGGGCUCCCUGUUUCAAAAUUUCCAGCCGAUGUCCGCAUUAUGUUCUGUUUCUUAUGAAGCUGAUCGAAGAAGGUCUCCUUGUUUCAAAAUUUCCAGCCGAUGGUCCACAGUAUGUUCUGUUGCUUAUGAAAAUGUAGAUGUUCUGUUUUUAAUGUAAUAUGUUCCGUUUUCUUAUGAUAAUGUAAGAGUGAAUGAUUGAGUAAUGUAAUAAAGCAGGGUGAUGCCA